AAUGUCAAUUGUGUCAAACUCAUCUGUGUCUGCUUGAUAACCUCAAAAAUAUCUUGGAAGUAAAAGAAAAUAUUGCAUUUAUUAAACAAAAUGAAGCGCCAUAUCUUAUGUUUAACGACCAGAUUGACUCAAAAUUCUCUUAUAAAAACACUACCAUUGAGCAGAUUUUUAAGUUCGAAAGAAGCUAUAGAUCGUCGUUACCACUUGUUUAUGUUGGAGAAGAAGCGUCAGUAUGACAAAGUUGGAAGAAUCGAGAAGAUUGAAGUACAAUAUAAGGGAUUGCCAAAUGAGUGCACUCUGAUCAUGAAUAAGGAUAUUUCUACACCUUACGACUGCGCUAGACAUCUAAGUCAGUUUCACAUGGAGACCAGUGCACUGGCUUUGAUUGACAACACAAUAUACUGGGACAUGCACAGACCACUCACAGAAAACUGCACAUUGGAACUACAAUCUUUCACAUGCGCGGACCCUCACCAAGUGAACCGCGCAUUCUGGCGGACGUGCUCGUUCAUGCUCGGCGCGUGCGCAACCGUCGCCUUCAAGGACUCAGUGCCCGUCAAACUGCACAGCUUCCCCGGACCAGACAUUCGCAGCGGUUCCUUCAUCUACGAUGUGGACCUUCCCUCGCUGGGCAACUGGCAGCCGACUCAUCAGGAGCUGGUGACCCUGGGCGCGGAGUACGUGAAGCUCGCGAGACUGAACGAGCCUCUGGAGCGGCUGGAGGUGGGCGAGGACCUGGCGCUGGAAAUGUUUGUGGACAACGAACAUAAGACCAAGCAGAUACCUAGCAUAGCUAAGGCUAAUGGCAAAGUGACUCUAUACAAAGUGGGUAAACAUGUGGACAUCUCCAAGGGCCCCAUGAUCAGUACUACUGGACAGAUCGGCAGGGUCGCCGUCACAGCUGUACAUAAAUUAAAUGGAUCAGAAGACAACGACGCCAAUCAGCUGUACAGGUUCCAGGGAGUUGCCUUACCGACUGGCGUAACCAUCAACCACUUUGCUUUCUCCAUACUUACUGACAGAGCCAGAAAAUUGAACACAGCUAGAUCACCAGUCCAGAGAGCAGCUGACUGCGAGGAGUCAGAGAGUAUAGCCAUGAAGGCAUAGACUUCACAACCUUCUUUAGAUUAGAACGUACUUAUAAUACAAAAUAGUAUAGUUAUUUGUAAGCCAAUAAAAUGUUUUAAGGUGA